GACAGGGUGGCCGGUUAUUAAGGCUGAGGGUGGGAGGAUUCCCAGGGUAUUGGGGUCAGGGUGGCAUUAGCCCAGCUCAAGCCUGGCGGGGCUGACUCGGCGUCCUGCCCCGGCCAACCCUCCCGAUAGCUCUGCUCUCUCGUGAGCAGAGAUGGGAGAUGGCUCUUGUGCUACCCCUGGCGCUGCCCCUUCAGCCCCGCAUCCGUCUGGCUCAGGGGCUCUGGCUCCUCUCCUGGCUACUGGCGGUGGCCAGUAGCCUCACCCUCCUCUGUAGCGGGCACCUCCUGGUCCAGCUUUGGCACCUUGGCACUUUCUUGGCUCCCUCCUGCCAGUUCACUGCCCUGCCCCAGGUUGCCCUGGCAGUGGGGGCGGUGGCUCUUGGCACAGGUCUGGUGGGUGCAGGAGCCAGCAGGGCCAGUUUAGAUGCAGCUCAGUACCCGCCCUGGCGAAGGGUCCUGGGCCCACUGCUGGUGGCCGGCACUGCUGGAGGUGGGGGGCUCCUGGUCCUCGCCCUGGGGCUGGCCCUGGCCUUACCUGGGAGUCUGGACACUGGGCUGGAGGAGGGCCUGGGGGCUGCCAUGGCUCACUACAAGGACACAGAGGUGCCCGGACACUGUCAUGCCAAACAGCUGUUGGAUGAGCUGCAGCUGAGGCACCACUGCUGCGGACGCCAUGGGUACAAGGAUUGGUUUGGGGUCCAGUGGGUCAGCAGCCGUUAUCUGGAUCCCGGUGACCAGGACGUGGUUGACCGGAUCCAGAGCAAUGUGGAAGGCCUAUAUCUGAUUGAUGGGGUCCCUUUCUCCUGCUGCAACCCCCACUCACCCAGGCCUUGCCUGCAAAGCCGGCUCUCAGAACCACAUGCCCACCUCCUCUUCGAUCCCCGGCAGCCCAACCUAAACCUCUGGGCCCAAGGAUGCCACGGGGUGCUGCUGGGGCACCUGCAGGAGUUGGCGAGCACACUGGGCAGCAUGCUGGUUGUCACCAUCCUCCUGCAGACUCUGGUGCUCCUGGGCCUGCGGUACCUGCAAACUGCACUGGAGGGGCUUGGAGGAGUCAUCAAUGGGGAAGGAGAGACGCAGGGCUAUCUCUUACCUGGUGGGCUGAGAGACAUGCUGAAGACAGCAUGGCUACAGGGAGGGGUUGACCACAGGCCAGCACCUGAGGAGGGCCCUCCAGAAGAGGCAUCUCCUAAGGAGGGUCUACCUGAGGCCUAGGGGCCUGGAGC